CAUUUCUCGGAUCGUCUCUCUUGGUAAGUCUGAGCAUUCCCCGCUGAAACCUCUAAUAAAAUCACCCCUUGUUUCGAUCUAGACUGACCCCCCAUCUCUCUUUCUCUCACCACAGCUCAAACGGUAUCCUGUCUUCAGAGCUCUAGGACACGACGAGGACACCAAAAAUGAAGCUAAACUGGGCCACGGGCCUCGUGUUUGUGCUCGCGACCGCUGAGGCGGUUGGAGCGAGCAACUGGUUCAGCAAAGCUGCAUACAACAAAUGGCACGAGACAGAAUUGGAACGAUGGCUCUCGGAUCACGACAUCCCCUACCCGACUCCUGCGGACCGCAGGGAUCUCGAGAACUUGGUCAAGUCCAAUUGGGAAUCCAAGGUUCAGAUCCCUCUUGCACAGGCCUCGGCUCACACCGGAUACCACGCUCACAACGUGAAGGAAUGGAUCUUUGACACCUGGUCGGACUCACAACUGAAAGCGUUCCUGGACCGUCAUGGAAUCCCUGCUCCCCAGCCGCGGACUCGUGAUGUUCUGAUCAAAACGGCCCGUGAGAACUACGAGAAAAUUGCGAAGAAGCUUGGUGAGACCGCCGCGUAUCCGGGUAACUGGCUGUACGAACACUGGAGCGAGUCCGAACUCAAAGAAUGGCUGGAUGAGCGAGGAUGGCCGGUUCCUCAGCCCACCACUCGUGACAAGCUGAUUGCCUCGGUCCGUCGCAACUCGCGCCUGGCAAGUCAGCAGGCGAAGAGCAUUGCCUCAUCAGCUUCUGCUUCAGCCGAAGCCGCUCAGGCUACCUUGAGUGAUGCUCUUUUCAACGCUUGGUCCGACUCUGACUUGAAGAAGUUCCUGGAUGAGCACGGUGUCAAGGUUCCACAGGGCUCUAAGCGCAAUGAGCUGAUUGCCCUUGCCCGCAAGCACCGCGCUUCGCUGGUUAGCCAGGCAUCUACUGCUUCCGCGACGGCUUCGUCCUCUGUUGCGAGCGUGAUUGGUGCCGCCACGUCCAAGGCUGGAAACGAGUAUGCUAGAGCAACUGAGGAUGCCAAAUUGAAGGCGGAAGACGCUUUCGACUCGGCUAUCAAGACCUGGUCUGACUCCCGUCUGAAGGCUUACCUGGAUGCUCGAGGUGUCCCGGUUCCUCAGCGCGGCAAGCGGGACGAGCUCCUGGCUCAGGUGAGACUGCACAAGCACAAGGCUUCCACUGGCUACAAUGCCUGGACCUUCGACACUUGGACUACGGAUAACUUGAAGAAAUACCUGUCUUCAGUGAACAAGAAAGCCGCUGACCGUGCCGGCGUCACCCGUGAUGAGCUCGUGAAGCAGGCGCAGGAGGCUUACGCCAGUGCUUCCAAAACCGGAGGUGAUAGCUAUGCCUCUGCAACCUCGUAUCUCGCUCAAGCCACCGAUGCGAUCAAGGACACCACUUUCGACACUUGGUCCCGCUCAGAGCUCAAGGCCUACCUUGACUCUUAUGGCAUCCCAACCUACCAGGGCGCCAGCACAAACGAACUGCGCGCCGCUGCUAGACGUAAUGCCCAGUACUUCCGGUACGGAACUAGCUCCCCGCAGGGGACGAUCUAUGCCAGACUCCGUGAGACCGGCCAGUGGAUCUUGGACCAGCUGAAGAUUGGCGCUUCGAGCGGAAGAGCACAGGGUCAGGAAGCUGCUGAGAAAGCUGCUGAGAACGUGAAGGAGAAGGUCUCUGAGGCCAAGGACAAGGCUUAUGAAGCCAGCGAGAAGGCGCAUUCGGAACUCUAAACGUCUGCAAGACUAUAGGUGAUGGUGAUACUACUCAUUCAGAGGAUGAUAUCCGGUGGUUGUGGUGGUUGAUAAAAUAGGGGAUGGCAAGACGUGCUUGCCUUGUGAUGAUGACUACGAUAUUUCAUGCUAAUUUUGUCUUGGAGUGUUCCAUCACGACCAAGUACCAUCGCCUGUUAUUCUGUUUCAACCUGUUUUCCUGUUAACUGUAUCAAAAACUGAGAGAUUUGAU